AUGCCAUGGCGCGUCACAUACCUCAUCCAAUACCUCAUCCCAUACCUCAUCCCAUACCUCAUCCCAUACCUCAUCCCAUACCUCAUCCCAUACCUCAUCCCAUACCUCAUCCAAUACCUCAUCCCAUGCCUCGUCCCCUCUUGUGCCGGCCCCCUGCAGGUCGGCUGCUGCUGGGCGUGGGCACACCGCCGCGGCGACUACUGGCGGACAUGCCCCUUAGUGAGCCCCCAUCUCCCGCUCUCCUCCUCCUCUCCGUCUCCCCUCGUGUCUCCUUUCCCACUCGCUUUCCUGUCUCGCUUGCCUGUCUCACUCGACGCCUCACUCCCUCCUUUUCUCUCACCUCACCUUUCGCACCGUGCCCCCUCCACCCCACCCGACCCUUACCUGUUACUCCCACCUUUUACCCCUCUCCUCUUACCCCUCUCCUCUUACCCCUCGAACACUCUACUCGCUCUCAUCGUCACAUCAGCAGUUCUCUUCGUGGGGGUGGUCAUCCUCGUUAUAGUCUCCUGCAGGACAAGGAGACGCUCCCCCCAAGUGGCCCCUCUGGACGGCAAAGCAUCCGGCAUAGUCGACAGUGACAGCGAGAAGGGAAACGGGGAGGAAGGGGAGGGCGAGGAGGAAGAGGACGGGGAGGGGAGGUACGCGCCAGUGGAGCAGUGGAGCUGGGAGGAGGUCGAGACGGCAACUAAUGGCUUUAGCGAGGAGAACACUAUCGAGGACGCGGGUCACUCGGCGGUGUUCAGAGCGGUGGGGCGCGGUGGAGAGGAGCUGGCGGUGAAGCGCGCCAAGCGGGUGUCAGUGGAGGGGCAGCACCUCUUCCGCAACCAGGUGGAGUUUCUGGAGGGCGUACGGCAUCCCAACAUAGUGGCGCUGCUGGCAUUCAGUGAGGAUCACAACGAGCAGAUCCUCGUGUUUGAGUUCGUGCCCAAUGGCUCACUCACGGACUGGCUGAGGCCUCUCGAUGUCUCCAAGCCUGCGUUGACGUUUGGACAGCGGCUGGCGAUAGGAGCAGAGGUGGCGAGGGCGAUCAAGUACCUUCACGCCAAGGCGCCCCCUGUGCUGCACCGGGACAUCAAGUCCGAGACCAUUCUGCUCGAUAACGACUUUAAGGUCAAGGUGGGCGGGCUGGGCGUGCUGAAGCACCUGCCAGGGGAGGCGAUGCGGCUGCGCAUGCAGCGCAAGCGAGGCUACCUGGACCCGGAGUACUUCCAGAGCUUUCGCAUCACUAGCAGUUGCGAUGUGUACAGUUUCGGAGUGGUGCUGCUGGAGUUGAUAACAGCGAAGCUGCCGAUAGUGGAUGAGAAGGACGUGGUCAUGGGCUCUCGCACCAGCAAGCGAUUCGUCACCCUCGUGCAGUGGGCCCUUCCGAAGAUCAAGGAGGGGAAGUACAACGACAUGGUUGACCCGCGCCUGGGAGCGUACCCCGGGUACCUCAUGGAAAUCUUCUGUGGCAUCGCUGCCGAGUGCGUGGCCCCGCAGCGCAAGAACCGACCGGACAUCGAUGUGGUGUCUGCCUGGAUGGACGAGCUCAUUCAGAAGGAUGCCGCAUCGCGAGAGCCGCUCUCUCGGUUCAUGCGAGCGGUGCCAGAAGAGGAGGUGGAGGAGGAUGAGAAAGCGGAGGAGGUGGGUGAGGUGGCGAAGGGAGGGGAGGGGGGGAAGGAGGUGGUGGUGGUGAUGACAGAUGAAGCUGGUGAUUUGGAAAAGGUCGGGGUAAGGAGCAAAGAGACGCGCGGGGAUGGUGCUGCUCCUGAUGGUGGGACUGAGAUUGCUGCUUCUUCGGCUGACUCUGUUGGUGCCAAAACAGAUACUGGCAUCAGCGGAGGUGCUGCUGCUGUUACGCCUGCUGCUGGCGCCAGUGCUGAGGUCCGCAUCGGGGUCGAUCGAAAUGUGGUGCCAGCUGAAAAAGAGGACGACCAUGUGGGUGUAGAGGUACAUACAGAAGUUGGGACUUAG